GUGGGACAUGUUACAGUAAAAUCACUCCGCUCACAGGUGUUAUAAAUAUAAAUACAACCGCUAAUUAACCAGCUGUCACACUUGCUACAUUGACGCAAACUGACACUACCCUACACCAAGAAGAUGGAUAUUUUCCUCCAAAUCACAUUUGAAUUAAAUUAUGAGUGUUCGUCAGGAGAGGACGAGGAAAAGGACAGCCAGGACGAGGAAAAGGACAGCCAGGACUCUUCUGUGCAGACCUCCAGGAUUUCAGGCAUUCUUCCCCCUCACCACCUCUGGCCUGACGGACCCACCAGCCCAGCACCAUGAACUACCUCCGCCGGCGCCUGUCAGACAGCAGCUUUGUGGCCAACCUCCCCAACGGCUACAUGAUGGAUCUGCAGAGGCCGACCCCUCCAGGUUCAUCCACUUCCUCCCCGGCCUCCCCAGCCACAGAGAGGCGGCAGCCCCCGAGCGCCCCGACUCCGGGCCCUAACCCAGCAUCAGGCCCGGCCCCGACUUCGGGCACAGGGAGCUUCCUCAGCUCCUUCUCCAGUGUGGUGAAGAGUGCUCAGAUGGCCCAGAACGUCGCUGCCGCUGCACACGCCAAAUCAGCAGCAACAGCAGCUGAAGGAGCCUCAACGGGAAGCAGCCAGCCACCUAAACCUGUCAUACGCAAGCCCAAGAUCCUGCUCGUCAUCGAUGAUCAGCACACAGACUGGGCAAAGUAUUUUCGAGGGAAGAAGCUGAACGGAGAAUAUGAGAUCCGGGUGGAGCAGGCGGAGUUCUCAGAGAUCAACCUUGCCUCCUACGUCACCUCGGGAUGUAUGGUGGACAUGCAGGUCAACAAAGGUGGCACCAGAGUGGUCAGGUCCUUUAAGCCAGACUUCGUCCUGAUUCGCCAGCACGCCUACAGCAUGGUCCCCGGUGAGGAUUUCAGGAACCUUGUGAUCGGCCUGCAUUUCGGCGGCGUCCCAAGCAGCAACUCUCUCUUCUCCAUCUACAACUUCUGCAGCAAACCUUGGGUGUUUUCUCAGAUGAUUAAGCUCUACCACUCUCUUGGUCCUGAAAAAUUCCCCCUGAAUGAACAAACCUUCUAUCCAAACCACACGCAGAUGGUAACAACCCCGUCAUACCCUGUGGUGGUCAAGAUGGGACACGCCCACGCUGGCAUGGGGAAGAUCAAAGUGGAAAACCAACAGGACUUCCAGGACAUCACCAGUGUGGUGGCUCUGGCCGGGACCUACGCUACCACCGAGCCGUACGUCCAGUCCAAGUACGAUAUCCGCAUCCAGAAGAUCGGCAACAACUACAAGGCUUACAUGAGAACGUCCAUCUCUGGGAACUGGAAGGCUAACACGGGCUCUGCCAUGUUGGAACAGAUCGCGAUGACUGACAGAUAUCGGCUGUGGGUGGACUCCUGCGCCGAGAUGUUUGGUGGUCUAGACAUCUGUGCAGUGAAGGCCGUCCACGGAAAAGAUGGCAACGACUAUAUCAUUGAGGUGAUGGACAGCUCCAUGCCUCUGAUUGGUGAGCAUGUGGAGGAGGAUAAACAGCUGAUCACAGAGCUGGUCAUCAACAAGAUGGCGCAGGUGCUGCUGGGAGUCACCACACCUCAGCCUUCCUCUGUCAAGACCACACAGCCCAGACGAGGGGGACACCGCUCUGCUUCUGCAUCUCCAUCCCAGUCAGCCCAGGGUUCACCUCAGCGAGCCCGAUCAGCCACCACCUCACCCAGCCAGGCCUUCCAGCCCGGCCCCAUCCCUGCCACCUCCGGGCCUGGAGCUCAGAAACAGUCACCACAGCUGAACAAAUCCCAGUCGCUGACCAACACCUUUACAGAGACGUUACGAGGAACCCUGACAGAUGACGAGGCCAAAGCUGAGACCAUCCGCAGCCUCCGACAGUCCUUCGCCAGCCUCUUCUCCGACUAAAAACCUCCCCAGAAGCUUCCUCUUUCUGUCAGUUGUCAGGUUUGGGGAAAAAAAAAAAGAAAACAACCUGACUGGUUAAUCUGUUCUGGAGUCGCCCUCCUCCUCAGAGCCUCAGCUUCCUGUUCCUCCUCUUUCCUUCUCACUGUUUGUGAACACCUGGUGAAUCCUGCUGUCCUCAGAUCAGUGAUUAAACUAACACUAGAAAGGCCAAGACUAGAUUUUGGGGUUGAAGAUGAAGAUGUCAAACUUUAAAAGCUAUUUACAUUUGCCCUCCUUACAGGACAUGUAAAGAGAUAAGUACAGACGCAGAAUCAAACCAGACCCCAUUCAAAUUUCUUCAACUUUUAAAUAGCUUGGUGUUUAUGUCUGUUUCCUCUUUGCUGGUCAUGCCAGUUUGAAUAGAUGCAGAAAAAGGUCAAUAUAAGCAUCAGUUCGGCUGAUAUUUGGCAGUCUUUCUUCCCCUUUUACCCAUAAUCCUUUGUGUUUUUAUAGAACAGCACUGCAAUGAUCAUGUUAGACGACUGAGUCAUUUUCAGGCAUUUCGAUGCUGUAAUUUGGCGUGUUUAAAGUUUAAAAAGAGUUGAAAAGCAUCAAUAAAAACGUGAAUUCCCCCUAGAGUUUAGAUCAGCAGUCAGCUGUCAGCAGCUUGGCCUUUCUAGUGGUAAAUAAUCACAGUAAAUAAUCAUAAUCUAUCUCAUACUGCUCAGUAUAUAGUCGUUAUUCUGCAUUCUGUUUGUCCAGCCAGUGAAACUGUUCAUUAUUGGGUCAUGUUUGUUUGUUUGUAUAUAUAUAUUUAUUUAUUUAUGAAAUUAAGUUUAUUUGAAUUCCUUUAAUUGACUCGCAGCUUCCAAACUGUUUGCAGACGUCUACGGCAAUAUUCUUAUCCGAAGCUGUCUCUCUUGAGAAAUGUACUGAAUCCUCACGGUUCACCAGCGAAUUUCGAGCAUCUUGCCAGCAGCCGCAUUUCUCAGACAUCCAUGUGCUGUAGACACAUAUUGGCUUACGUAGUGACUCCUCUACCUAACAUUACCAAAGUGCUUUUGAAUAAAAUCAUUAAAUAACCCCCCCACCUGCACUGGGUCAAGAAACCAAUCACAGCGAACCAACCUUUCAGUUUGUGAUUUAACAAGGUGCAAAUGCUGUACUGGCCUACAGCCGUCGUCUUCCAUCACAGCCCAGAUCUUCCCCUGUGGUUCUUCUGUUUCUUAAUGUUUCGUGCUUUGUGAAUAGCACUAUAUAGUAUUUCCUGUGGGGGAUCUGUAUCAUAACUACUACCGCUGUGUGUUUAAAGGCGAACAGUGAGGAUGUAAUAUUUUGACGUGUUUGAGUUUCCACUGAGACGGGAAAAGAUUUGGUUGUGUGACAUCACAUCUUACAUGUUUAUUUUCCUUUAUUCUCUACAACCAAUGAUAAUUUAUCAUCAUCAGUUAUGUGUAUGCAACAUCUGCAGUGGUAGCAGCCGAAACAGACGUCCUCUUCCAUCCUGCUUUGGAACUGCACGUUAAAGUUAAGUGAACGUCGAGUCCAAUUGGUCCAGUUGAUCUUAACUAUUCAAAAAAGACAGAAAAAACAAUGGUAAGGCUUUAUUUUAUGGGUGCUGCAGUUGUCUUAAUAAUUUCCUAGGAAGCUUCCUAGAAAAGAUGAUGUAAUUUGGUGCAAAUUAUAGCAAUAGAAUAUGUUUAUUUAUGGCACUGGUGUCCACAGCACUACCAUUCACAGUAUAAGUGGUUGUCGACUUCCAGAGGUAUUUUAUUGAACUGCUCUAAAGAUGAUGUUGUAGCCUUGAAAAAGAAAAUAGUUGUUUUGUUAUUGUUAUUCAGAUUUAAUUACUAAAAAACAGGCAAAAAUUUAAUUUAUGUAGAUGUUUAUUUAUUUGGGUAUAAGUGUGGAUAUAAGCUGUCAGUUUGUUUGGAAGUAUUCAAAAGUGUGAAUGUUGUCUCAGUUAUAUAAUUAGCUCUAAAUUAUACAGUAAAAUGGAAAUGUAAGCAUGCUUAUAUUUCCAGGAAAUAAUCAGGCCCCCCAAAAAUAAAUUCUCAGCAAAGUAAUUGGUUCCCAAAAUAAUUCCCUGGUGCAUCCCGUUUUUGUUGCAUCAAACUUACAGAAGGAGAUUAACAGUAUAUUUGGCUUUCCACGCAGAGCACAAUCACAGUCUAAUUAUGCAUGAAUUGCUCUUCUUGCAGGAAGUUAUCAAAAUUAAUAAGCUGUCCUGUCAUCGACUCUAAAGUUAUCUGUGCUACAAGCUGAAAUAGCCUAGAGAUGUUUUCCAUUUAGAUGGACAUGGAUAAAAAAGACAAUUAUAAUUCAUAUUCCCACCCGUACUCCAAACAGAUACCCAAUACAAACAGGAUAUCUGAAUAUCUGUGAGCGGUGUGCAGUAGUUUUAAUGGACCUGUCAUGAUUCCAAAGCUUGUGAUAAUAAUAAUAAUAAUAAUAAUAAUAAUAAUAAUAAUAAUAAUAAUAAUAAUAAUAUAGUAAUAGUAAUAUUAUUCAUAACAAUGCCCGCAUUUAAAGGUCAUUUUAAUUUAAAUGCACGAAGUUGUAUAACAUUUAUAAUGGGCUGUGUGAGUGUCUGUAUGUGUGUGUAAAAUUGUGUGUUUGCCAUUUUGAUUAAUAAUGAUACUACCACAAAAAAGAACUGCUCAUUUUUGCAAUAAUUAUGUUAAUAAUAAGUGUGACACCAUUUUGAUUUUAAACUAUGAAGCUUGCCACUUUAAGAGAAGCCUUUUUUUCCCUUUUUUUUUCUUUUACGAAGUUUUUAUUUGAUGCUUUGUCAGUCUCACUGGCAGAAACAUGAAAAAAUAACAUUGUUCGUCCAUUGAGCCGAAAAAGCUCAGCGUGUUUCAGCUUGGUAAAAUACACACUACAGUGCUCGUCACCAACAACCGUACAAAGCAAUGAUAGUGAUAGUGGAGGAAAAAUAAUCUGGUUGCAUUUAAUAUCAGUGGGCGGAGUCACAGAAUCACAGUUUUAAGGGUAGCUAAUUGACCAUUUGCUAAGCCCCGCUCUCUCUGUUACUGUUGCCAUCUGUCAAGUUUUCUGUUCUUGCACAUUAAAUAUGGCAUUUACAAUGAUAAUGACAGCUUUACCUUUAUUUAAACAUAGAGAAUCCUUGUUAGUAAGAACACAGUUGGACUUCAAGUAGGGCUGCCCCCUUAAAGUCCAAGAUUCCAAUCAUUAGUCAGAGACCCCUUAAGUUGUUUUUGUUUUGUUUGUUUGGUCAGUCAGUGUAUUUCUGGGGACAAUUCAGUGCCCAGAUUUGCAGAGCUGCAGAGUGAGCGCUCCUCCCUUUACACUGCUUUCCGUUACAGGCAGCUGCAGACCCAGAGCCAGGGUGAGUGCGUUAGAUGGAGGCAGCUUCCCGGUCAGGCUUCUACUGACCGGGGGGUAGUAGUAGUACUAGUAGCAGUAUCUCACUAUCGCUAUCCUCAUUCAUAUUUUAAGAAGCUACAAAUUAUAUUCAGCCACAAAAUAAGCCGGAAAAGCUGCAAAUCAGGACAGAAGUACAGAGAGUCGUUGCAUAGAGAUGAUACACCAUCUCAUCUAGUUGCAUUGGUGUGAACCAGCCGGUUUUUUGAAUGAUGCAGAACAGCAAUUCACAUGCAGUUGACAGUUUCAACUUGUCUCGUCAUGAAUCUUUGGUCAGAAGUGGGCCUAACAUUCCUAUAUUUUGUUUGGACCAUUAGCUCCAUAAUGCUAGCAGGUUACUUUAACGGCUAACUUUAGCGGGACAUGCUAAAGUUAGCUGCGUACCUUUGAGCAGAAAAAAACACUAUUUAGGGGUGGGAGGGUUUUAGUAAAUGGUCAGUUAGCCUGCUUACCUUCCAACAUCAGGAAGUCUGUGUUAGUGAUUUUUUUUUUUUUUGCCAUUUUAAAGUUUAAUAACACUGUGAUUCUUCAACUCGCCCCGAGCAGUCUCCCCGGUUAUUGUUUGUAAAAGCAAAAUCCUGAUCCACAGUCAGCUUUAUCUCAAAGUGUCUUGUUAUGAGCACUCUUGCAAGCGUUUCAUCGCCUUUGGCACUGUGUCAAAAAUGGACCAAAUUAGCAUUUCAUUGUGAGUCCGCUUGAAGGUGGAAAUCAUAUCGUUUUGUCUUUAUUAUAAAGAUGCCUACCACCUAGUGUGUAAUACUGCAGUGUGAUAAGCCAUAACCAAACCAUCCCUUAUAUGCCACGCAAUAAUGGCUGUGACGUCACUGAUAACCUGACAUAUGAACUUAGAUCACUGUGUCCGUUAACUUUAAAGACAUUAGGAGGCCUGCUCUGCCCAGCAGAGGCAGUAGCUGUUUUUGAUUUUUAAAAGAGAAAUAAUGCCACACAGUUUAAUUAUGUGCUUCGAGUACUUGUGUCAGGAUGAAAGAUGAACAUUGAUGUCACUUCUCUCAGUUUAGGGUUUAAAAAUGCAGUUUAAGAUCCAGUUGAUGCCAUACAUGUACCCAUCUGUUGGGUCUAAUCAACGUCAGAUGAUUUUAGUUUGCUUUGUCUAAUGUAUUGCCAAAUAAAGUCUCAUUCAGCUGCUCCAUCUUAACAAACCUGAUCCUUUUGAUUUGAUUCAAUUCGAACUGAGCUGCAAAGUUUACUAGUAACUACCUCAAGUCCAGCAGUGCUCUGCAGAAACUGACUAUAGAGUUGUAGUACUGGAAAGGAUUCUGUGAAAUGAGAACUCCAUUUUAGUGCAAGAGAAGCGGGGAUUAGAAAUCGCUCUGUCAGCCGGAAGGGAUUGGUUUGAUUCAUGGACUGUGGAGAAACAACAAUGUAGUGUUUGUGACAUCAACCUGAGGAGGAGCAGAGUUGAGGUUCCCUGCAACAUCCAAACAUAGGCAGCAGGAUGGAGACUGGAAAUGCCUUCGGUGUAACAACUAACACCGUAAAAGCGUUACAAAGUCACUUCCCAAAUAUACUUUGUUUUUUUGGCUUUUGCCUUUAUUGGACAGGACAGAUUAAGCGUGAAAGGAGGAGAGACAGAGGUCAUGACAUGUAGUUAAUGAGCUUUAACUUGACUGACAGCUCUCCAAGCGCUCUGUCACAGGACUUGUCGACACGUUCACAGGUGUUUUGGAAAAUGUGGUGUUUUCUAAUGGUGUUUACUGCACUGGCAAACUUUAUUUUAGGUUCACUGAAACAAACCUUUCGUAAAACUCCACCCCGGGUGACAUUUGUUUUUCAGAAACUGUGUUUUCAGUGUUGACAUUUCGACGGAGAAAACUGAGGCAAUUUUUUUGGCUUGAAACAUCAGAGCGUGUGCCGUAAUCUCCUUUGUGAGGCGUCACCAAUGAGGCGACAUUUCGUGCUAUGGCAGACUUGACCAAAAUAGUACUGGAUCUAAUGUUGCUAACAGGAAUUUUACAUGUUUACAAAUCGUAAACGUUGACGCAAACGCAUGCAGACACGAACGCAUUGGGACGCAUCAAGGCCCAUUGGCUGCCUUGAUGCGUGCUUGCGUCUCAAAAUAUGUUGUCCAUUUUUUUGAUACGCGACGCAGCGAUGCGUGUAAUACCAUGCGUUGCCAGCGGGGGUGAUAAUGCAAGCGACAUACUUGAAAUUAACCACUUUUUGUUAUUCACAGAAGAAGCCGGUAUGAAAUAUGACGGGCACACCCUUAUUUAUAUGACAGUUCUAGUGCCCUGCACGAAAUAGCUAGCUACAGCAGUACUAGCUAGCCGGAAUGUACCGGUGACUCUGCUAGCCCCUAUUGCACGAGCGAUGUAUUGCAUGCAGUGUCGCCCAUGUCACUUGCGUUCAAUGUGUUGACUAUGGAAGGAAGUGCGUUGCUUGCGUUGCUUGCGUCACUUGCGUCGCUUGCUCGCGUCACUUGCUCGCGUUGUGUGCGUUGACUAUGAAACGGCCGAAACGGCUGACUCCAAAUGUCCAGCCUUUACUGCACUUGCAGACUUUGCAGGUGCAUUCCGGGGAAGUCUGGGAGUGCUGAGAGCUGUCCAAAUCCACAGUUCAUCCAGUCCACAACGGGCCUCAAGUGGACUGUCUGCAGACAGAGUCCGCUUGGGGUGCAGACUUCACAAACUCCACUGAUAUAAUAACCCCCAGUUCACUGCCAUACGGACGUGACGUUGUGGUUUUUUUCAACUGACAAAAAUAAAGAAUGUUUAGAAUAGUUAUUAAUAGUUAGGCCUAUUAAAAUGCUACUUGAAUUGUGUAGGCCAGGAAUAAUAUUCAACCACAUCUAAGAGAAGAAGUAUAGGCUGCAAAACAGCAAAAGAAGGUCUUCUUAUGCAAGUUAUGCCAAAUGUAUUAAGUUAUAGUCCUCUCCUUAUUCACAUUUCUGUUGUGUAGCCUUAUUAGUCUUUGUCUAGUCAAAAAAAGGCUCCACAAGGGAUUCAUAUCUUGCUGUCUGCAGGGACAGAUGUGUAGGCACCAUUCAUCUACUUAUAUAACAUGACUAUGACAGCAGCGAUAAUUGAACAUUUCCACAGCAACAAGUGGGCUUAAAACAGUCUCAAGGACUGUCUGUUAGCUGCUUGCAGUCUUUGUCCUCGCAGACGAGGUGUGCGAGGGCUCAGUCUGCAAGUCCAGAGGGUGGACAUUUGGAUUCAGCCUUACUCUUCACUAUACUGGGGAGCAAGCCUUUCAGUAAUACCUUCAUCAGGCUUCACAUUGGCCAAUAUCUUCUUCUUCUUUGCGUGGCUUUAGUGUCACAGUCAUGUCACGGUCUGUUGGUUUGGCGUGCUCUGGACAGUGCCUCAGUUGUGUUUUUGCAUUUUCAUUUGGAUAGAGAUUUUGAGCAAACAGUGCCUGUAUGAACAGGAGAGAACAACCAUUAUACAAAAUACUCGUGUUCGUGCCCCACUUAGUCUUCCCCACUAAAAACUCCUUCCCUCCUCACUUGUCUUUAACAACCUGUUGUUGAUGUCACAGACACUACGUCCAUGUUCUUUAACAGUGUUUGCAGGCCUUGUGCUCAUUUCACAGAAUUCUGCGAGACAGAGUUGCGUCACCCCAUCUUUUCUUUCUCCACACGAUUUCAUUUGAACAUGACAAAUAAUCUGGAGCAAAGGCAAUACUCUGCUACGUUCAACAUUUCUUUUUCUUUCCAUCAUGACAUGGUUGAGUCCGAGGCUCACCUUUAAGUGUGUUGAACCGAAACAUCGCCUAACACUGAAAUGAAUAUGCAGCCGCAGAGACUUGCCAUAAGUACAGCUAAUACUGCAAGUCCACUUUACACGUGGCGUUUGUAAAUGAGAGAUAUAAUGUCGUUGCACGGGUUUUAUUUGCCGAUCUUUGAGUCCACUGUGUCCCUCCCUCUCUGCUGAAUGGUGGAUGGUAUCGUAUGGUGAUUUAAGUGUAUUAAUGUUCUGUAUAUUGGUGUAAAUGUGGCAUGAAAAACCAACCCCUCUUGUGUGCCUCAGGUGUGUAAAUUUGGUAGUUCCAGUACGUGAUCUUUAUGUCUGGCUGCUUAUUUGUGAGACGUGUGAUGCAUCUCAUGUGUUUCUGUAAUUUAUUAGUAUCAAGAUUAUUUUGUUUUCUGUAUUUUUGUUCUUUUGUCUGAAAAGCAAGAUUUCUGUUAUUAAAGGUAACAACUUU